AUGACAAGGCUGACAAUCGCUACUUCCGAGUUCCAAUCUCAAGUUUCUGAUCUGCUGCCAUGCAACAGCUAUAAAAGAUCGCAAUUGACUCAUGCUCUGAUUAGGAGUCUUUCUUUAUUGGAACGGUUCGAUGAGGUUCUAACGUCACCAGUAUGCUUUAAAGAAGACAUGCUGCAAUUCCACUCAGCAGCAUACAUUGAUGCUAUACUGGACGAGAAACUAAAUACUGUGUUGCCUUUUGAAGAAGACGAGCAAAAAUGGUCUCAACUAGCAGAAUUAGCCGCCUCUUGGGUCAAUCAUGGCACUGAUACUCAAUGGCAUGAAUCUCGUUAUGAACUGCUCUCUAAGUUCAAAAAGAUCAAGGAUGACUUACCUCCUAAACCUCGAAAGAGGUCAUCUCUAGAGGCUUUGCUACAUGCCGACGAAGACGAUGACGAGAAGAGCAAUGUGUCGACUGGUCAAAGAGAUCUGAAGCAAUUCAACCUGGAGGGCGAUUGCCCUCUGUUUUCAUUCAUCCCAAUGUACUGCCAAGUCAUUACUGGGGCGACUCUGAUGUUAGCUGACAAGGUUAUUAAGGGAGAACGGUCAAUUGGGAUCAACUGGGAUGGCGGCAGGCAUCAUGCGUUCAAACAGAAAGCCAGCGGUUUUUGUUACGUAAAUGACAUUGUUCUACUAAUUCAGAAGCUUAGAAGGAAAGGAUUUCAGAAGAUAAGCUACAUAGACUUCGAUUUACAUCAUGGCGAUGGUGUUGAGAAGGCCUUUCAAUUCUCUUCAAAUGUACAGACCAUUUCAUUACACCUGUUUGAGGUAGGGUUCUUUCCAGGCACAGGUAAUCUAAGCGAGUCUGACAAGCGAAGAAACGUGGUGAAUAUACCACUACUACAUGGACUCGAUGAUACUUCCUUAGAGCAGUUAAUAGAACAAAUUGUGAAGCCUGUCAUCGAGAGACAUGAACCCGACGUAUUAGUCAUUCAGUGUGGAGGUGAUGGUUUGAUGGGAGACGGGUUUAAUGAGUGGCAACUAUCCAUUAGGGGACUAGCCAAAUGCAUCACAGAACUAAUAAAUAAUACCAAAGAUUGCCCAGUGAUACUGCUAGGUGGCGGGGGCUACAAUGUUACCUUGAUGAGUAGACUCUAUACCUAUCUCACAUGGAAAAUAGUGCGAACCUAUUGCUCAGAUUCUUCAUCCAUAUGCGAGAUCGACGACGAUGCUUUAGUUCCAGAACAUGAAUUUAUUGAUGUCUAUGCUGAUGAAGAGUACAAAUUCUGGGCCUACGAACAAGAAGGAGGUCUACGAAAGAAGCAAUUGAGGAACGACAAUGACAAAGAUUUAAUUACAUCAUUGAAGAGUCAUUAUAACCUGUAG